AACUAUUACCGUUUUUAAUACAAUGUUUAAGACUGUUUUUAAACAAUACAAGGUAAAAAGCACAAGCCCAGACCUAAGCGAUGUUGUUAGCUUUGAUGAAAUCGACGACAAACCGAAAGAGGAUAGUAUAGCGCAACGUUUAAGCUUCAAUAAUGAAAUCACCGACUUGCCGACGUUUCCUGGACUAAAAACCCCACGUGCUUGGCAAACUUUCGUCCUUAAAGAUCAUCCCGGCUUGCUGGUGAUACGAAACCCUUUUACCGAUCAUGGGCAGCGUUAUUGGAUUGCUCGGUGCCUGCGCGAUUAUCCAAGGGCACCCAACAUUGUCAAUUUGAACGCCAGGCUCUUCGACGAAUCCGUCAGGAGCGACUGGUGGAAAGAGCUCCAGGAAUGCAAAGAUCCCACCGAAAGGCAGCGAAUAAAGGCUGCCAUGCGAUGGACAACUUUGGGCUACCAUCACGAUUGGGACACCAAAGUCUACAAUGAGCUCUCCAAGUCCCCUUUCCCGCAGGAUUUGAGCAGGCUCUGCCAAGUGUUUGCUUCCUAUUUGGGCUAUCAUGACUUUAAAUCAGAAGCCGCCAUUGUAAACUACUAUCCUUUGGGAAGCAGCUUAUCGGGUCACACGGACCACUCGGAACCAAAUCACUUAGCUCCCUUGUUUUCCUUCAGUUUUGGACAAACGGCUAUUUUCCUCAUCGGCGGAAGAACUCUGGACGAGAAACCCACUGCUAUUUACCUGAAGAGCGGCGAUGUCUUGGUAAUGUCCGGAGAAUCCAGACUCUGUUACCACGCCGUUCCUCGCAUUAUCCAAACGGAUGAGUCAUUGGCUAGUCUUCCAAAUGAAACUGCUUUGGAAAACUCCAAUUUAGUGGACAAUGAUUUAUUUGAACAAGUAAGAGAUUCAAACUAUUGGAAUCCCUUCAGCAGUUAUAUAGCAGAUUCUCGUAUAAACAUUAACGUGCGACAAGUUCUACACCCAGGCGAUUUAAAGUUAAAUUAA